AUGGUCACCAACGUCAAUGGACCCAGACCCAAUGGAAGACACGGGCACGAAGACAGCAUGGUGUCCAACAUGUGGGUAAGUCCUCAUCCUGGAGGCUUAACUUUCUUGUAAAGUAAAAAAUGAAACAUGCUGUUUGAUACUUUUUUUACAGCAUAACUCUCACAUCUGUCUUGCUUAUGUGAAGGCUGAGCAGCUGUUCUUGAUUCAAUAACAGCACUUGCUAAGAAGAACCAGCUGUCCACUCUAAUACAAGAACCCUCGGGCUGAACUUCAACUAGACGUUUACAAAAAUCAGCCAGAGAAGUAUUUUCAAUCAAAUAAGGUGGUUAUGAUUGCAUGGCGUUAGCUCGCAGUUAAGGUGAAAUUCCAGCGAGCAAAUUUGAAUUAGAAACUAGAACACCAAGGAUGAAUUUUGUUAAAAAUAUGAGAAAUUUGAAGGUUUAAAUCUGAAGUAAUACCAAAGGACGGCGUGUUUUUGCAGUACAAGAACAUUAAGUUUGAAUGGAUAGAAGAGGAGGCGUAAAGGAGGCUACACUUGAACAGCCGAGACAGUAAAAUAUCCAUUUAUUCAUUUUAAAAAGAAGCACAAAUGAACAGGAUCUAAAUUUAUCAAAUCCUGUGCUCAUAGAAUAAAAGAGAGGAAAUGAAAAGUUCGAAAUGAGCGUAACAAGCAGCGAUUAAAGCCUCUGUAGAAAAAAUAUGGAACAACCAGUUUAUUAAAUGACGAUUAUGAAACUACGAUGAUUUUCUAUCAUGAUGGCAGGAAAGAGAAGUCUUUAAAACAUCCAAUUCUGCUGUAUGUUCCUCUCUUUCACACUUUUACACCGCGUCUUUGUCACGACAAGGCCGUGUUGGAAAAGUUCUCCUUUAGUGCAGCAGCUAAAGUCAGUCCACAGCGGCUCGAGUUGAUUGAGCUGAUGGUCUGUCUCGAAGCCUUUUCCUGAAAAAAAGGUCCCGGUGGGCUUUCCAUGGUUCAGGAAUGUGCCGGGGCCACGUUUGCUCCGUCUGACAGGACCCCCCUCAGGUCCCGGCAGCUGCCAGGAUGAAGAGAAUACUCUGCGCCGACACACGGUGACAGGAGCUGAUGUGGUCGUCCGCGUCCGUCAGAGCUUUCAUUUCACACGCCGAGCCAUCGAUUCCCCAGCCGGGUGA